AGAGAACAUCAUAGCGUUCCCAUCCUUAAGGAUGUUAAAUAUACAUGAUUGCUACAUCAUGAAGAGUUUCGUCUUAUCAUGCAAGAGGGAGCAAGAAGCCCCCAUGAUGGCUGGUGAUGAUAGCUCAGACUCGAAGUCUAAGGACGACAGCCAUGCCGUCUUCUUCAAUACAAAGGUUCAUCUUCCGAGCUUGGAGGAGCUAUCGCUCGAAGACUUAACUUGUGAAAAGAUAUGGCAUGACAAACUCCCUCAAGGAUCCUUUUGCAAGCUAGGAGAUCUCCGUAUUGGCUGGUUUGGCAAUCUAUCAGUUGUCUUUCCUUCAACUUUCAUAGAAAGAUUGAAGAAUCUGAAAAGCAUCGACGUUAAAUUUUGCAUAUCUCUAAGAAGACUAUUUUGUUGCCAUCUAUCAUCAGUUGUCCUUCCUUCAACUUUUAUAGAAAGAUUGAAGAAUCUGGCAAGUGUUUGCGUGGAAGAUUGCUCAAUUCUAAGAAGACUAUUCGCACCUGUUUCACGGGACUCUGACGAAAAGCUCAAAUGGAUGAGUCUACCUGAACUGAAAGAAGUGGAGUUAUAUUUCCUGCCACGACUGACGCAUGUUGUGGGGGUGGCUCCCGCUCCCAUAGGGUACUACUGGGAUUUCCAAGUCUAACAACAGUUGAAGCGGGGUAUUGCCAUAGUUUAAUGGAUAUGUUCCCCACUGCCACAGCCACAACACUCUCAAAGCUAGAGGAAGUUUCAAUUCAAGGUUGCGACAGCAUGGAAGAAGUGAUUGCGAAAGAAGAAGAAGAAGAAGAAGAAGAAGGGGAAGGGAUUUACGAACUGACAUUCCCUUGAUUGAGUUCGCUGAAACUUCAUUAUCUGAAGAAUUUGAUCUGUUUCUCUUCUGCGAGUUGUUCAUUUUACUUUCCAUCCUUAGAAGACCUACAUUUGAAGGACUGCCAUAAGAUGGAGGCAUUCAUCUCGCCCAUAGCACAUACUGAAACUGCAGCAUUAUUCUUCAAUGAGAAGGUCAAGCUUCCGAAAUUGGCGAAAUUAGAGAUUGGUCGAAUAGGAUUGAAAGAGUUAUCAUUGCACACUCAGACCCCUCCUGGGUCUUUGCAAAGCUUUAGGCAACCUGUUAUGUUCAGCUUCCCUGAGUUUCAUGGUGGUCCAUCCUUUGCAAUGAAGAGGUUGCAGCGACUGGAGAGGCUGACGUGCUUAGAGAUCUAUGAUUGCCAGCAAAGAAAUCUUUUCACAAGUUCACAAGUGAAAUGCCUGCGGCAUCUCCGGCGUCUCAAGAUAGAAUCGUGUGAUAUUCUGGAAAAUGUCAUUACAAAUGGAGAGGCACUAGCAACCGGGGGCAUUGUCUUUCCUUGCUUAACUAACUUGAAACUUCAUGAUCUGCCAGAACUCUGCAGCUUCUACCACGAGCGCCACACAUCAUGCAAAGAAAGCCAUGAACAAUCAGGCCGGAAGGAUGAGGACAGUCUCCACCAUCAAAUUCAGCCAUCGCUAUUUUGGGUUGAGCAGGUUUCAUUCCCCUCCUUGGAGAAAUUGGCGAUUUCAAGUAUAGGCAAGUUAAAGAUGAUAUGGCAUGGGCAAGCUGCUCCAGAUGCUUUCAGCAAAUUGACAGAGAUUAAGGUGGAAAGAUGUAAUAAGCUAGAGCAUGUGUUCGAAUCCGAUAUGCUACAGUCUUUCGUGAACCUUGAAAAGCUGAGAAUUACAGACUGCUCUUCAUUAUCGGUCAUAUACGAUCUGCAAGGGCUCGUAGUGAACCCGGGAGUGGAAAAUGCUGCCACCACUGCCCAUCUGAAAGAAUUGGAACUGAAUGGGUUGAGGGAGUUAAAGCAUAUAUGGAACGGGGACCCCACAGGAAUCGUCAGCUUUCAGAACUUGUCCACUGUUGAUGUUACUGGAUGUGGAAGUCUCGCGUAUCUUUUCCCUGCCUCUCUGGCAGAAAGCCUUCUGAAGCUUGAGAAGCUGUCGAUUAGGACAUCAAGCCAGCUAGAGGUGGUUGUUGCUGAUGAUGAAGUGGACAAAGUAUCCGAUGACCGGAAACUAAUCUUUCCACAACUGGAAGACCUCACACUCGAGAAAUUACAGGAACUCAAGAGCUUCCAUUCAGGUAGACAUAUUUUGCAGUUCCCCUUGCUGAAAAAAUUGACGGUUGAAGGGGUAGGCGACCUAGUGGAGCUCCUCGCUUCUGACUUUGGGAGUUUCUCAGUGCCAUCUGAAAAAGGUUCUCCAGCACUCCAACAACCUCUGUUCUUAGUUGAUAAGGUUUCAUUCCCUCGGUUGGAGGAAUUAAGUAUUACAGGCAUGAAGAACUUAGCAACGAUAUGGCACGGUCAAAUGACUGAAGGAUAUUAUUUCACCAAACUUAAAGAGAUCAUUGUAAAAGGCUGUGAUGCCCUGGUUACCAUAUUCCCACCCAACACGGUGCAUGCAUUACGGAAACUCGAGAAGCUGCAUGUAAUAUCUUGUCCUUCAUUGAGGGUCAUCUACCAUAUGCAAGGGCUCACCCAGGACAGAGUGGAAUAUUCUGGUCAGGUUGUUGUUGGGGCUCAGCUGAAAGAAUUGCUUCUUCAGGAAUUACCAAAAUUGGAGCACAUCUGGAAUAUUGCAGAUCCUGGAAGGAUUCUCAGCUUUCACAACCUGGACUCGGUCAAAGUUGAGAAAUGCGAGACUCUCAAGUAUGUCUUCCCUCCCUCUGUGGCGAAGGUUCUUUACAACCUUAAUGAGUUGUGGAUAGAGAAUAAUCGGGGGCUAGAGGAGAUUGUUGCAGCAGCAGUUGAGAAAGUGGAAAUAGCUGCAGGUACCUCGGAAUUUGUAUUUCCUCGAGCUACAAGUCUGAAGCUCUCUGGACUCCUGGGGCUCAAAAGUUUCUGCCAAAGGCGGCAUAUCUCCAAAUGGCCCUCGUUGGAAGAAUUGGAGAUCACAAGCUGCGAUCGCAUCCAGAACUUGUUCUGUCAUAUUGAUUUUUUCCAAGAAGCAGCCGGUAACAGUAAUGAUGUGGGAUCUCCUCCUCAGCAAACCCUCUUCUUCGUAGAUAAGGUUUCCUUCCUUUGCUUGGAGAGAUUGAAGGUUUCAUCCAUGAACAGCCUGACAACAAUAUGGCACUCUCAAGUCGAUGCGGAUUCUCUCAGCGAACUUAUAGAAAUCACGGUAGAAGGAUGUGAUAAACUGGUAACCUUGUUCCGCCCCGGCACAGCACGCUUGUUUCAAAACCUUGAGGUUCUAAAUAUAAGAAGAUGCAGGGCGUUGGAAGUGGUGUAUGAAAUAGAGGAGAAUGCCGGUUCUCAUCUUCCUGGCUUGGUAGCGGUCACCAAACUGAAAAAGCUGUCUCUCACUGAUUUGGCGAAUUUGCAGCACAUAUGGAGAAUGGACCCGAGAGGGAUCCUCAGAUUUCAGAAUUUAAGCUCAGUCUCAGUUAUGGGAUGCAGCAGCCUUGGGUAUCUCUUCCAUGCCUCUGUGGCAAAAGCCCUCGUCCAGCUUGUUGAGCUGGAGGUGAAAGAUUCGAGCCUAGAGGUAAUUGUUGCAGAAGAUAAAGGCGUGCCACCUGCCAGUACCCUGGAAUUUGUUUUCCCUCGAGCUACCAAGCUGGAGCUCUCAGACCUGCCGCAGCUCAAAAGCUUCUACCCAGGCAAAUAUAUUUCUCGAUGGCCCUCACUGAGAGAGUUGAUGAUCUUUAAGAGCAACAAGGUUGAGAUAUUUGCUUUCGACUCGAAGAAAUCCCGAGCAAUAACCAGGACUGGCAAUCAAGCUGAACAACCCCUGUUCUUGGUUGACAAGGGAACAUUUUCCAUUGGAGAAACACUGCAUAUGCAACACAAUGAUAACAUGAAACAGAUCAUAUGGAGUGGGCGCAACCAUCCCAAGCUGACAUGCUUCUCAUCAGGGGUCCACUUCCAUUUCACGAACCUCACGGCUCUGAAAGUUGAGAAUUGCCGCUCUUUGAAGAACAUACUCAACCCAAACAUGGUGUCGGAACUCCCUUGGCUUGCAACACUAGAAAUUAGGGACUGUGCAAUGCUGGAGGCAGUGAUUGUAGGAGAGAAGAAAGCGAGAAGACGUAACAUCAGGCUGGGAAAGUUGAGAUAUAUAACUCUAGAGUCCUUGCCCAAGUUGGUUAGCUUCUGCCCUCGCGGUUGCUUAUUUGAAUGUCCAUCUUUGAAGGGCAUGACCCUAAAAAACUGUCCUGAAAUGAGGACAUUCACUUCUCCACACCUGAAAGAGAAAGCAUUGAAUGCGAUGGGUGAAAACAGCAAAGAAUCAUACUCAAGUAGUGGUGAUAUUGACAUACGUCGAGAACCCUUCUUCAGUGAAAAGGUUUCAUUCCCUCAAUUGGAGAAAUUAAGAAUAUCAGGCAUGAAAAAUUUAAGAACGAUAUGGCGUGGUCAAAUAACUCGAGAUUGUUUCAGCGAACUUCAAAAUAUCACAGUAGAAGGUUGUGAUUCACUGGUUACAAUAUUCCCACCCUGCAUGGUCUGUGCAUUAUGGAAACUCGAGAGGCUGAAUUUAAAAUCUUGUUCUUCAUUGGAAGUCAUCUAUGAUAUGCAAGGGCUCGCUCAGGACGACAUGGAAUAUUCUGAUCACGUAAUUGUUGGGACCCUGAGCUGAAAAAAUUGUGCCUUAGUGGUUUACCAAAAUUGGAGAACAUCUGGAAAAUUGCAGAUCCGGGAAGGGUUCUUAGCUUUCACAACCUGGACUCGGUUAAAGUUGAGAAAUGCGAUAGUCUCAGGUAUCUCUUCCCUCCCUCUGUGGCGAGGGUUCUUUAUAACCUCGAUGACCUGGUGAUAGAGGAUAAUAUAGGGCUAGAGGGAAUAGUUGUAGCAGCAGUCGAUGAGGAAGUGGAAACAGCAGCAGGUACCCUGGAAUUUGUAUUUCCUCGAGCUACACAUCUGAGGCUCUGGGGACUCCCGGGGCUCAAGAGUUUCUACCAAAGGCGGCAUAUCUCCAAAUGGCCCUCGUUGGAAAAUUGCAGAUCAAUCACUGCGACAGCAUCCAGAACUUGUUCUCUGAAAUCGACUUGCUCCAAGAUGCACCCGGUAAUGGUGUGGGUUUUCCUAAUUCUCAACAAACAGGCCUCUUCUUGGUAGAUAAGGUUUCAUUUCCUCAAUUGGAGGAAUUAACAGUUUCUGGCAUGAAGAAUUUAGGAACGAUAUGGCGCAGUCGAAUAACUGGGGAUUGUUUCAGCAAACUUAAAGAAAUCACAGUAGAAGGAUGUGAUGCACUGGUUACCAUAUUCCCACCCAACACGGUGCGUGCAUUAUGGAAACUCGAGAAGCUGAAGUUAGAAUCUUGUUCUUCAUUGGAAGUCAUCUACGAUAUGCAAGGGCUCACUGAUGGCAGCUUGGAAUAUUCUGAUCACGUUCUUGU